AUGUGCAAAUACGAAGGGGGUGACUCAAAAGGCUUAAUAGUUCCACGGACCAUCAAAUUUGCUGAACUGUUGGACCGUGUGCAUCAGAUUGGUAAUACAAACAUAAGGGAAGACAAGAUUUGCUUAAAAUUCUCAGUUUUGGUGGCCUCGAAUGAGUGGAAGCACAUAAAGAUUGAGGACGAUGAUGAUGUCAAUUUUUUUUAUGAAGUACAAUUCCGAGAUAGUAGUCGGAUGGGUCAUUCUUCAGUUGCCAUUGUUGAAAGCAAUGAAGUAACUUUGAAUAAUACAAAUGUCACUGAUUUGGGAGGUGAAGUAGGGACAGAUUUUAUGGAUAUGAUUGAUUUUAGCGAGGAGGAGAAUCUGAACCCACUCGUCAACAUUAUUGGAGUCAAAUGGGUGAAAAAAAAUCGGUAUAAUGCAGUCGGUGUAAAAGAUGAAGAAGCAUAUUUGGACAGCGGGUUUUCACGAAGCGAUUGGAAACCGAAAAUUACAGUUGGGCAAAUUUUCUCUAGUAAGAAAGCAUUGUUGACGGAGUUACGGUUGACGGCAUUAAUAGGCCACUUUGAAUUUAAGGUGCAAUUCUCUUGCACUAAGAGGUUGCUUGUGGUUUGUUGUCAACGUCCAUGCCCAUGGCGGGUCCGAGGAUCGAGAAUUGGAGAAUACAGCUUCAUGAUUGUGAGGUGUACAACUGUCCAUGAAUGUGAUUUGAGGUUUGUAAGUGACAAGCAUCGUCAAGCAACCGCAGCACUUGUAGCCACUUCACUUAAAAGGAAGUUGAAGGAUUGUCGGACAAUAUACACACCAAGUGACAUUAUGAGAGAUGUGAAACACAACUUUGGUUGCACCAUCCAUUAUUCAAAAGCUUGGAAAGCAAGGGAGUUAGCUCUAUUGUCCAUUAGAGGAUCAGCAGAGGAGGCAUAUUAUAUCCUUCCAGCUUAUUGCUAUGAAUUGGAGCGUAUGAAUCCCGGCACAAAAACAGACAUCCGAACUGAUGAGAACAAUCACUUUGUGUAUUUAUUUAUGGCGUUUGGCGCAUGUAUUAGAGGGUUCCGUUCUUCCAUGCGCCCAGUUAUAGCCGUGGAUGCCACUCAUUUAAAAUCCAAGUACAAGGGUGUUAUGUUUGUAGCAAAUGCAUUCGAUGGUAAUCGAAAUAUAUAUCCUCUUUCUUUUGGGAUCGGGGAUUUGGAGACGGAUGCAUCAUGGCAUUGGUUUUUCACUAAACUUCAUGAAGCCAUUGGUGAGUGUCCCAAUCUUGUUAUUAUUUCUGAUCGCAAUGUUAGCAUAGAGAAUGUGUGGAACAAAAUUUUUCCAACUGCACAACAUGGCAUAUGCUUUUAUCAUAUGAAGGGGAACAUGAAACGCACUUUCAAGUUGAAAAAGCGUGAUCACAUACUUAUGCACUUUGAGAAGGCUGCGAAAUCUUAUUCCAUUGCUGAAUUUGAUUGUCAUUUUCGCAAGAUCAAGCGAAAGGAACAUGUUGCUCAAUAUCUUGAAGAGGCAGGGUUACAUAAGUGGUCUAGAGCUCACAUGGAUGGACGCCGCUACAAUGUAAUGACAACAAAUAUUGAGGAGUCAAUCAACUCAGUCCUUAGGUUUGCAAGAAUGCUGCCAGUGGUUCAUUUGAUAGGGGAAAUUGUUAAUCUCCUUGUGAAAUGGUUGGAGGAUGCUGCAAGGAUGAAUGUGGUUAAAGUUAAUAAUGCACAGUAUAAUAUUUUGGACGGUGAUAUGGACGGCCUCGUAGAUUUGACGAACAACAGUUGUAGUUGUAGAAAGUUUCAGCUUGAGCAGCUACCUUGCAAGCAUGUAGUUGCAGUUUGUCGCUUCUUGAAAGUAAGUGUAUAUGCAAAGGCUUCUCGGUAUUACACUCGGAAAACCUGGAUGGAUGCUUAUUCGGAUAGCAUCUACCCGGUACAACCUCACGGAAUGUGGGAUACUCCUGAAGAUGUUCGAAGUCGAGUUGUGCUGCCUCCCAUGGCAAGGGUCAUGCCAGGCAGAUGA